CAAGAGAGCAGAAGGUGGUGGCACCCAUGGCAUCUACUUGCACACGCGUGGCUCGGCCCUGCCCCAGCAUGGCACCUGUGCUCCUGAUCUCCAGACACAAGCCAUGGGAAAUUCCUGUGAAAGGCAGCAAGCCAGCUUUCCAAAGAGUGGGAUUCCCAUUGCUUGUAACUCAUUCCAGGUUGACUCACCCAAGGUUCCCAUCCAUUGUUUCUCUUUUAGAGCACCAAGGAAGUUAAGAUCAAUUGGAGCAAAACCACCUGAAGCCACAGUGUGAAAACUCCUACAGCUCACCCACGACAAGUGGAGGAGAUCCAACCUGUGACAUGUACAGCCUGACACUCCUGGCCAGGCAGGACUGGUGCUGCAGGCAGGCAAGAUGACAGGGCUGCUCGGUAACUCGUCGUGCCAGCACUCCAUCGAUGACUUCCGGAACCGCGUCUACUCCACGCUCUACUCCAUGAUCAGCAUCCUGGGCUUUGUCGGCAACGGGGUGGUGAUCUACAUCCUCAUCAAAACCUACCAGCAGAGGACAGCCUUCCAGGUCUACAUGAUGAACCUGGCUGUGUCCGACUUCCUCUGCGUGUGCACCCUGCCCCUGCGCGUCGUCUACUACGUCCACAAGGGCCACUGGUUCUUCGGCGACUUCCUCUGCAGGAUCAGCUCCUACGCGCUCUACGUCAACCUCUACUGCAGCAUCUUCUUCAUGACGGCCAUGAGCUUCUUCCGCUGCAUAGCCAUCGUGUUCCCGGUCCAGAACAUCCACCUGGUCACCGAGAAGAAGGCCAAACUUGUCUGCGUUGGCAUCUGGGUCUUUGUCACCCUGACCAGCGCUCCCUUCCUGCGCAACGGCACCUACCAGCACGACAACAAGACCAAGUGCUUCGAGCCCCCCGAAGACUCCCAGAAGAAAAAGAUGGUGGUGAUCUUGGAUCUCAUUGCCCUCUUCGUGGGUUUCAUCUUCCCUUUCAUUGUCAUAACCAUCUGCUACACCAUGAUCAUCAGGACCUUGCUGAAGAACUCCUUGCGGAAGAACCAGCCCAGCCGCAGGAAGGCUGUCUGGAUGAUCGUCAUCGUCACCCUCACCUUCCUGGUCAGCUUCACCCCCUACCACAUCCUGCGCACGGUGCACCUCCGCGUGCUGCAGCUCGGCGCCGGCUGCGGGGACGCCGUGUACCUGCAGAAGUGGGUGGUGGUAACCCUCCCCCUAGCAGCUGCCAACUGCUGCUUUGACCCUCUCCUCUAUUUCUUCUCGGGAGGCAACUUUCGGCAGAGGCUUAGCACGCUUCGGAAAGGUUCUUCCUCCAGCUUAACGCAAGCCUUCAGGAAAAAGGUCUCCAUAAAGGAGAAGGAUGAGGAACCCUUUGGAGCGAGCCGCAGGGAGAAUGGAAACACAGCUGUGGCCCCUUUAUAAGGGAGUUAGACCUUCCCCUACCAUCUCAGAUGGCCAAUGGAGAUCUUGGGCCCCUUCCAGCAGACGCAGCGGGGGCUCAUAAGCCUUUGUCACAAUUAGCUCUGCAAUGACAAUGGUGGUUGGGGCACGAUUCAUGCUGCCAGGGGCAGCCUGCUCCUUCCUCAGGAGUGCUCCCUGGAUGUGGACAGCUGCUAAAGAUGGAGGAGCCACUGCCAGCCAGCACCAGAAAGCUGUUGCUCUGAUGAUAAACUCACAAGUUCUUCAAGG